GUGUAUGCGCGUUUGUCUGUGUGCAGACGCGUUCGGUGUUCGUAUUCAGUCAUAUGAAAUUUUAUCAUUAGAUUGGACGUGUAUCGCGAAAUCCAAUGUAAUUUUGAUAUUAAAGUAGAGAAAACUUUGUCUGAUAGGAUUUUUAUCGGGAAAAUCGAACUCUCUUUGGAGUCCAAAGUUUUUAUUAAUAGGGUGACAAGCAUGCAGCAAUUUGGUGCAGCGACAAUUCGCAGUCGAAAACAGCACGAAUCGGAUACAUAUUGUUGGACAUGCCAUCGCGAGAAGCCAGAGCUCUCGUGUUCAACAUGUGUACGUUCAUUCCAUAUUUCAUCAUUAUGUUCGCACGCCAAGCGGGUGUCGGAAAUUGACAAGACAAAGUGGCGAUGCACCGAAUGUUUGGACAUUGAAAAUGGCGCCGAGCAACUUAAAGACAAACAAAUCAGUGCCGGUAAACUGAAGGAGGUGUUGAAUUACAUGUACAAUAAAAUGAUCGAACUGGAAAAAAAGCAUAUCGAACCAUUCAUGACCGUUGAAUACCCAAGAGGUGCGGUCGUCAAUACAAUGGAUUUGUCGACAAUUCGUAAGAAGAUCGAAAUUGGUGCGUAUAGUUGCUGUGAAGAUUUUCAGUCGGACAUCAAGUGGAUUCUGCACAAUACAAAAGUUCAUCAUCUGGCCGAUUAUGACAUAGCUAGGUCGGCAAAGUUCUUGCUUGACUUUGUAAAGGAAAAAGUGUACUGCUUUAACAUGUGCCCCGAUUGCUAUGCCACAAAUGAUGAAGGUGAAGAUGAAGACUCGGAAGAACGGUUUACAAUGCUGUGUUCGAGACCACAUCUAAUAUUAUGGGCGAAACAACGGACGUAUCCGUAUUGGCCAGCGAAAUUGCUGAGAUACAACGGUGACAAUAAUACUUUCGAUGUUCGAUAUUUUGGUGGCGCUCAUUUACGAGCCAUUUUGCCAGUCAAAGAUUGUCUGUUGUACUCACGCCAAAAUCCAAGUACCUCCAUUGGAAGGCUGAAGGGUUCAUUGAACGAAGCGGUUAAGGAAGCUGAAUGCUACAUCAAAAAACUGAUCGCCAAAUAUGGUCAAUUUAAUCUUGCCGAACCACUAUCAUUCAUACAUGGAAAUAAUCUGGAGCGUCAUUUAUAUGACACCAUACCGGGUGCAUGGAAAGAACUUGGUAAUGCCAUUGUUCCGCCACCAAUCAAAAAAUUGGCAUCAGCUACAGUUUCACGACGAAUGUCAAUGCCUGCAAAACGAUCUAGACGCGUAUACUCAACGUUAGAACCGUCGGCCGUCGAAGUGAUCGCCUCAGGACGAGUCAUUACGCGACGAAUGUCAACGAUCAUUGAUGUACAAAAUGAGCCCACAAAAGCAGCAAAGCCCAUCGAAUCUGAAGAAAAAAAGCCUACAAAAACGGCAAAAUCCACCGAAUCGACCAAGAAAGCAAGACCAAGACCAUACCGGCGUCAAUCAGUUCAAUGUGAACGUUCAGUUAUAAUGACCGUUUCAUCUGCACUAACGAGAGACACAAAAAACAAUGACCCGAUUGCUUCAACAAGUCGGUUGCCACCAAUAUCACCGACGAAGUCGGCUCAAAAGCGAAAACUGAGCCAAAAUGGUGAUGCGUCGCUCCCGAACUUUUCACGUGAGACGGAAUUAUCAACAUCAACGAUUAUUUCUGGUGAAAAUGCCAGUCUGAAUCUCAGCGAUGAUAAUGGUUCUGUAUUCAAAGUACCGUUGAUACCAAAGCGCCGAAAAUUGUCAUCAAAUGUGCUCAAAGAUAAAACGAUUGUCAAAGCUCAGUCAACGUUCAAUACUCAUACUAUGAAUGAAUUAUCUACACCAAAUCCGACGCGCAAAACAAUCCAAAAUACACAGGUGACCGAUCCAUCUUCGACGGUGCGAAAAAUCCAAUUGACGCCAGAAAUGUCAAAUUUGUGCAAGACGGUGAUUGAGAAAAGUGCUCAAAAAAUGACGGAAAGUGUUCGACUAUCGCUCACAGAAACAUUAUUCGAUUUUUUGAAUACAUCGAAGCCGGGCGAACAAAUCCAAUUAUUGCAGGAGCAAUUGGAAAAUCAGCGAAAAACUUUCAAUGAAUUGAUUCAAAAUCUUCGAGCUCAAAAUCAGAAUUUAAAGGUAAAUCUCAAAAAAUACAAGGAUAAAUGUAAUUCGGUGAAUAAGAUGGAAGGUCAAAAUGUCAUUGAAACGAACAUGAAAGUGGCUCUUAUCAACGACGAAUUGGAAAAGUCCAAAGUUGAAAUCAACGAACUCAACGGCCGUAUGAACACAAUGUCAACAAAAAAUGCAUUCAUGACUACAACGGUGGCCAAAUUGCAAGCGGCAAAUAAUGAUUUGUCCAAUAACCUGAAAAUUACCGAAGCGACGAACGCACGAUUGCUUAAUGUCAACGCAAAUUUAAUGAACACCAAUGCCAAAUUGAACGAUAUCGUAAAUAUUUUGAAGGCAGAAAAGACGGCAAUGGCCGAAAAAAUGAAAGCAUUAGAAUUGAAUUACAGCAUUGCCAAGCAGAAGACGUUCGAGCAAUGUGCCAAAAAGGUCACCGAAACCAAACAGCAACAGUGGUGCGCCACGUGCGGCAUACCAGGCGGACAAUACUUUUGCAGUGCAGAUUGCAAACUCUACUUUCGAUAAGAUUAGAAUUAGGGUCCCAUUUUCAUCGAAUUAUUAUGAACACUUGUCAAAACCAAUUUGGCAUUCCAAGAACGAUUAUUAUUUGUUAAUUAGCAAAGACAAAAAAAUUAAGUACUAUUAGGUAGUUUAAGUAGAUUAAGGAUAAUGAUUCAAAUAGCCAAUCAAUGAACAACUAAAAAUUACAGUCGAAAAGUUUUCAUUUCCAUUGAUAUGUCUGCAUCUGAACUCAAUUGGUAUAAGUUUUGUUUUGCAGUUUUAAGUCGUAAAUUGUACACACGUAGUAUUAGCGACAGCCCAUAAAAUAAUGUUUUCUUUUUCAGUACACCAUUUUUCCAAAUGUUAGAUAAUUAUUGCUUGUCAAUUUUUAGUGUUUGAAGUAUUCGAUUCAAAUGUAUUGGCCAAAUUUGUAUACCAAUCUUUUUUUUAAAACAAAAUCUCAAGUAGAUAAGUUUUUUGUGUACUAUUUGUAUUAAACGAACAUAUCGAUUUGUUGAAAACAAUCGAACUAGAAAUUAAAACAGAUUCCAAAGUUAUUUUCAAAAGAGAGAAUCAACAUCGCAUUGAAUACAGCGACUACCUAAACUCAUUCAGUACAAAAAGACCAAUUUGUUCUCAAUAAAUAUGCUAUCAAUUGACUAUUUUA